AUGAGGCAGCUGGAAGAAGCACAACUAAACUUAAGGACAGCGAAGGAGCAUGGACAGCAUCAGCCUAAUUCAAACUACGGCCGUAAUUUCGACUACGACGAUGAUCAGUACGAGAGCCAACAGAGGCGGCUAUUCGCAGGACUCCGCCAAGACGAAUUGAGCCAAGAUUCGAACAUCCGCUGUCCGCCUCGUGUAAAUCCUUCAGGUCAAACGAGAAAGCGUGAGGAUUCUUGCAUCGACUUGUCCCUUCAAAUGUGGGGCCCAGGCGUCUACCAACACGAGCACGUUUGCCCAUACGAAGAGUUUGAGUUGACACCAGACGAGACUGUGACGGUCGGGAGCCAGACAAUAACCCUAGUGAACCAGUUAGGAACUCCGGUGAAGGUUGAACAGGAGCUUCACACGCAGAAGAUUUGGGCGCUGGCAUUAGAGCCCAAAGAAGCUAGAAUCAACCAGAAACAAAGCUAG